UGAUUUGCCGAAAGUGCAUAUCCAGGUUCUGGACCCUCUUCUCUCCUCCGAGCCACUGGGAAGCACCCCAGACCGAAUGGAUGGAUGGGUGGAUUGUUCAGACUUAAUCCUAAGAACAAGAAAUCCAUUAUAAACAAGUUUGAAAGUCCACGGGACCUGCUUGCCUUUGUCUUCUCUGCGUUCUCGCCGUUUUUUCUGCGUCACUCACCGACUUCACUCAACUGCCCAUACAGUUAGUCAGUCACCAUGGCAGCGAUACGGACCAUAGACGAGAAAAGCGAUGUCGACCAGGCUGAGGCGCUCGCGCUCGAAACCAAGAGCCAAGGCUCCUCAGAGGCACCUGGCUGGACCCGAGAGGAAGAAACCGCUGUUCGCAGAAAGCUGGACUGGCAGCUAGUACCAACCGUCACUCUUUUAUACCUUCUCUGCUUUCUUGACCGAAUAAACAUAGGAAAUGCACGUAUCCAGGGAAUGCAAGAGGAUCUGAACCUUGUCGGAUACCGAUUCAACAUCGCAACGAGCAUCUUCUACAUCGUCUACUUGACCGUCGAGGUACCGUCUAACAUCAUCUUAAAACGUGUCGGUCCGCGAUUCUACCUUCCUGGAUUGGUUGUUGGGUUCGGCGCUGUGUCGGUAGCGACAGCUUUUGUGAGGACGUACGAGCAGUUAUGCGCCGUUCGUGCGUUGUUGGGUAUCUUCGAAGGCGGAACCAUGCCUGGGUUGGCCUUCUUCCUCAGUUCCUUCUACAAGAGGGAAGAACUAUACUUUAGGAUUGGAAUUUACGUUUCGGCUGCAUCGCUUGCUGGCGCGUUCGGUGGACUGUUGGCCGCAGGAUUCUCGCAGAUCCCCGACUGGGGAAUUGCUAGCUCGAGAUUGCACACAUGGCGCAAUAUCUUCUUCUUCGAGGGUAUUAUCACCAUUCUCUUCGCCGCGUUUGCUCCCGUCAUCUUGCCGCAGAGCCCCGAGACAUCGAGGGUCCUUACAGACCGCGAGAAGUGGAUCGCCUCCGAACGACUUCGCCUCGAGCACAAAGCCAGUCCUAAUGAGAAAGUACAGACACGCCAUGUUAAGCGCGCGCUGCUUAACAUCAAUAACUAUAUCUGCGCCGCGGGGUUCUUCUCUAUCAACGUUACUGUUCAGGGUCUUUCCGUCUUUAUGCCCACUCUCCUUAAAGAUUUGGGAUGGGAGUCACUGACUGCGCAGUACUACACUGUUCCCGUGUACGUUGCCGCCUCGCUGAUCGCCAUCGGCGUCGGUUUCAUUAGCGACAAGACGAGGAUGCGCGGCAUCUACCUAGCUGUUUUCACGUUCCUCGGUAUUACGGGCUUCGCGAUGCUCCGGUGGGGCUCGGGCAACCACCUCAAGUACGCCGCUGUCUACCUCUGCGCCGUCGGCGCAUUUCCCGGCGGGCCCGGGUUCUUGUCUUGGGGUCUCAAUAACGCGGCUGGCCCGGCAGUGCGAGCCGUAUCUAGUAGCUGGAUUGUCACGCUGGGUACCAUGGGUGGUAUCUUGGCUGUCUGGGCUUAUCUGCCCAACGACGGGCCCUCAUUCCCCAUCGGCCACACGAUCAAUCUCGUUGCGCAAAUUUUUGCCCUGCUUCUCUCGACCGGCGGCAUCGCCUACUGCUUGUGGGAGAAUCGUGUACGGGCCCGCGGUGGCCGGGACAGCCGGCUCGUGGGCUUGACGGAAGAAGAGAAGGCGGAUCUAGGGUACAGACACCCAGAUUUCCGCUAUAUCGCGUGAUCACUGGCAUACGGGCAGUUCUGGGCGCUUUUGGUAUUGUUAGCACUUUUUACAACGCGUCACUACGCGUUUUCGAAUAUGCGUGUUGCGCGCAACUGGUAGACUACCUAAGGUUACCUCUUAGAGAACUGUGGCGCUACAGGCAGAGGAUGGACUGGAUGGGAUUGGAUACGAUCGUCGUUGUAGAACUAUAUUUAACCUAGAAUAGACGACGCGAAAGUACGGAACUUCAACGUAACGCAAUAUAACUACCCCAUAAACACGCGCAAAACAAUAAGAUCUUCUGAUAGUAUAUUGCUUCGCAGUGAGUUACAAAUAGUUAGGGGUUUCUUUUACCGCUACGGACGAACGAUACAUACGAUAAACGCCGUCCCGAUUCUAUGGUAAAACUACCUACCUACUUCAUUCCUUUGCAUAAUACCACGUCCUCUUCCCUCUUCUGCCGCC